AAUCACACAUUACCUGAUGACUCAUUUUUGUAAGUUCCCACAUCGGGACUGGACUUCUCCCUCUCUCCCUGUAGUCUGGUCUGGGACAGAGGCCUGCAGAGGUGUCACUUCACACCUCUGAGGCCUGAGGCUGCUAUAAAGCCUCCCUCCAGCAUCACUGACUCUCCCAAACUUCACAGAAUGGACGUGUCUUCUCCUUUCUUCAGCUACUUCACACAAAACUCCUGGAGCUGCCCGAGCUCAGACUCUGAAUUCAACAACAUCUCAUCUCCUGAAGCAGUUUCUCCUACUUCCUUCAUGGUUCAAAACAGCUGUUCUCCACCUCCUGGAGGUGUAAAGUUGCCCACGUCGGGUUCCUUACAUCAGGACGGCUCACGUUCCCGUGUUGGAGCUAGAAGAACGCGCUGCAAGAACCCAAGCAAGCAAAGACAGAGCGCCAGCGAGAAGGAGAAGCUCAGAAUGAGGGACUUGACCAAAGCUCUCCACCACCUCAGGACUUAUUUACCUCCUUUCGUGGCUCCUGUCGGUCAAACAUUGACGAAGAUUGAGACGCUUCGCCUCACCAUCCGCUACAUCUCCUAUCUGUCUGCUCAACUAGGCCUCAGUGAGGAGUCUCUCUGCCAGAUGAGGGACCUGAGCGCUUCUACAUACCAAGAAUUGUCUCAAAAUCAGGGCUAUUCAACACCAGAGUACUGGAGACUCAACACAUCACAUGAAGAACUGUCUCAAAACACCUUCAGACCUUCAGAGCAUGUGUUGAGGAAGAUAGAGAUAGACAGUCAUCAGGUCUGCACGAGCAUGAAAACACUGUCACAUGAUGAUUCCUUCAACUCCAGCUCUGAAUCUCUUCUGGAAGGCCCUUUCUAUGCAGAUACAGCCACAACAUACCAGGGUUACAACAAAGCUGUCCGCUGUCCAAUUGCACCGGUAUUCUGGGGAUGAAACUCUCAUCCAACUAAAUUAUAUAUAUAUAUAUAUAUAUAUAUACUGUACAGUAUUUAAUGUAUUAAAAAAAUAGUGUUUUAUCUUAUUUGAACAUUUCUAUUUUAAUAUUAUAUUUGUAUGUUAUCUUUUUUGUACAAGAAUUAUACUAAUUUAUUUCUAUUUAUAUUAAA